AUGGCUGGGUUCCAAAGGUCUACCACAUCUUUUAGAAGACAAGGGUCGUCAGGUUUGGUAUGGGAUGACAGGUUUCUAUCAGGGGACUUGAGCAAAACGAGGCCCAACCCAAAAGACAAAGAGAUGGUGGAAUUCAGAGACCUUAGGCCAUCUCGGAGCGUCGGGUCAGUCGGUAUGUUGGAGCGUAGCCAAUCCACCGGAGGCGGAGGACACGCUGCGUAUCGGUUGACUGUCAAGGUUGAACCGCCAACCCUGGACCCGCCUUCUCCUAAGCUCGCCGGCUGCGGCCUUUGUGGCUUAUUCGGAAAGUCAGUGAUGAUCCAUCAACCCAAAUCAAAUAAGAGUAGGCCAAAGUGA